ACCCAGGUGCAGUCAAGUAUAUAUGUUAGUGAGUGUACGGGAGUGUACAGAUGUAUCUAUACAGACACCCUAGUACGGUAUCCAGUCUUGUACAGGUAACUAUGGAUAUCCUCCGGGCAAGGCGGCAUCAGCUGAUGAAACCAAAUGAAUUCUCAGCAGCAACUCGCCAACCAAACAAGUACUACAGGAUUGCGCCGUCUGAUACUCAGUCCCUCCCGCGGUCAUCAUUUUCAAGGUUUGGACGGACAAGGGAACACACUAUUGCUAGGGACAACCGAAGUGCAUGCUAUAUCAAAACCAAUCUCACAAGAAUAGGUCGGUCUCUUGAGCAUUUACAAACAAACUUUGAGGAAGAACAAGCAGAGAUAUCUCAAGAAUUAGAGAAGAAGCUAACCCAUGUGAGUUCGUCCAUCGGAGCCAGUAUUAAUGACAUCCGAGAUAGACUCAUCACUCUGACGUCAUUACUAGGAAGGAAUGACAUUAGUCAGGACUCCGGUCUCACCGAGUCUAUAUCUAAGAGUGAAAAUAGUCUCGACCAAACAGACGACGGAUAUUUGCCGUCCCAGUCACUGUCUCCAAAUCUGCAAUCUCCAUUUAGUCCGAGCUUAAAAUCGGGGAGUUUGGACCACGUCAACAUCCGAUCAUUUCCCGAAAAUACUAAAGUAUUCGAUUUCCCUACUAGAAUCAAACACACUACACGAUCUAAUAGUCUCGGUCACGUAAACGCUUUUUGCGAUUCAAACAAUCAGUCGACACAACGGCUUCCUUCAAACGUAAAUACCAGUGUGAAGUCCAGCGACAGUGGGCUGGGAAGUUUAGAAUAUAAAAAUAAUGACCGAAGUAUCAGCUCUAGCACCACAUACCGUACAAUAGCUGGACUCGACUAUCCGUACGGGAGGCGGAGAGACUGGCGUCCAAUGAGAUCAGCAAACUACCUAGAGCUCAUGAAAAGAGGGUACUGUAACUGGGUGCCCAAAUACAUGUCCAGUACCCCGUUAAGUAGCAGCAGUGGUGACGUCACAUUCACGAAAAGAACGUUUGACAUAGAGAACAAUCCAAAAGAUAGUCUCGGUUGUGAAAAAAGAAAUAGUACUACUAAGGUUAACAGCGUUCUACAAAUGGCAUCCAGUGAACCAAACAAUGUGACUCCAAGAAACAGUGACGUAACUGACAAAGAAAAAGUCGGAGAAAAUCCCAGUACAUUUAAUGAUGACGUGGUGAUACCACAAAUAUCUGACGAACUAAAUUCUGGUACCGCAAUGGAAUGGCGCUCACAUAACCGUCUCAAUCCGACAGACUACAUAGAAUUGUCUUCCCUGAAGGUGGAGCCCCCCGCCACGCGGUACCCGCCCUGGUUGUUCCCGGAUUUCUACAGCAGUCGGGCUAACGAGGACGAGUACCCGGAUGUGUUUGAGGAAAAACAUCGAACAAAUAAAACAGAGACAUCGUUUAAAAGACAAGUCGGAGAGUCGUGCGUCGAACCCUGCGAACAGUGGCAGUGGGGCGUGGCCCGGACAUUAUGGCAGGGCUGGACGUUACCGGGGCUUAGCGAGGAGGUGGAGAAACAACUGGUUAACAAACUUGAAGUGUUUGCAGUAACUAUGGAUAUCCUCCGGGCAAGGCGGCAUCAGCUGAUGAAACCAAAAGAAUUCUCGGCAGCAACUCGCCAACCAAACAAGUACUACAGGAUUGCGCCGUCUGAUACUCAGUCCCUCCCGCGGUCAUCAUUUUCAAGGUUUGGACGGACAAGGGAACAAACUAUUGCUAGGGACAACCAAAGCGCAUGCUAUAUCAAAACCAAUCUCACAAGAAUCGGUCGGUCUCUUGAGCAUUUACAAACAAACUUUGAGGAAGAACAAGCAGAGAUAUCUCGAGAAUUAGAGAAAAAGCUAACCCAUGUGAGUUCGUCCAUCGGAGCCAGUAUUAAUGACAUCCGAGAUAGACUCAUCACUCUGACGUCAUUACUAGGAAGGAAUGACAUUAGUCAGGACUCCGGUCUCACCGAGUCUAUAUCUAAGAGUGAAAAUAGUCUCGACCAAACAGACGACGGAUAUUUGCCGUCCCAGUCACUGUCUCCCAAUCUGCAGUCUCCAUUUAGUCCGAGCUUAAAAUCGGGGAGUUUGGACCACGUCAACAUCCGAUCAUUUCCCGAAAAGACUGAAGUAUUCGAUUUCCCUACUAGAACCAAACACACUUCACGAUCUAAUAGUCUCGGUCACGUAAACGCUUUUUGCGAUGCAAACAAUCAGUCGACACAACGGCUUCCUUCAGAUGUAAAUACUAGUGUGAAGUCCAGCGACAGUGGGCUGGGAAGUUUAGAAUAUAAAAAUAAUGACCGAAGUAUCAGCUCUAGCACCACAUACCGUACAAUAGCUGGACUCGACUAUCCGUACGGGAGGCGGAGAGACUGGCGUCCAAUGAGAUCAGCAAACUACCUAGAGCUCAUGAAAAGAGGGUACUGUAACUGGGUGCCCAAAUACAUGUCCAGUACCCCGUUAAGUAGCAGCAGUGGUGACGUCACAUUCACGAAAAGAACGUUUGACAUAGAGAACAAUCCAAAAGAUAGUCUCGGUUGUGAAAAAAGAAAUAGUACUACUAAGGUUAACAGCGUUCUACAAAUGGCAUCCAGUGAACCAAACAAUGUGACUCCAAGAAACAGUGACGUAACUGACAAAGAAAAAGUCGGAGAAAAUCCCAGUACAUUUAAUGAUGACGUGGUGAUACCACAAAUAUCUGACGAACUAAAUUCUGGUACCGCAAUGGAAUGGCGCUCACAUAACCGUCUCAAUCCGACAGACUACAUAGAAUUGUCUUCCCUGAAGGUGGAGCCCCCCGCCACGCGGUACCCGCCCUGGUUGUUCCCGGAUUUCUACAGCAGUCGGGCUAACGAGGACGAGUACCCGGAUGUGUUUGAGGAAAAACAUCGAACAAAUAAAACAGAGACAUCGUUUAAAAGACAAGUCGGAGAGUCGUGCGUCGAACCCUGCGAACAGUGGCAGUGGGGCGUGGCCCGGACAUUAUGGCAGGGCUGGACGUUACCGGGGCUUAGCGAGGAGGUGGAGAAACAACUGGUUAACAAACUUGAAGAAAACAGAGUUUUCCGAAGACAGUUAAUUGAUGCCCACAAUGCAUUGAGAGGUUACCAUGGUAGCCCGAAGCUAGCGGAAGUAGACGACUUGACACGUGAUGCGCAGAUGUGGGCAGACAUUAUCGCAGAAAAAGGGUUCACACAAUACAGUGAACUACCUGGGAGAGGAGAGAGCAUCGCUCUCCUUGACACCAAUGGUUUGGAACUGGACGGCGGUGACGUGUCAAAAUUGUGGUACAAUGAAAGGGACCAAUUCGAGUUCAAUGACCCAAAGUGGCGAAAAGCCACCAUGAACUUUACCCAGAUGAUUUGGAAGUCUUCGACCGAUGUCGGAGUGGGCGUGGCCAAGGUCAAGGACAAGGACAAGUGUGUAGUGGUGGCUCAGUACCGACCGGUCGGAAACGGAAACAGACCAGGAGAGUUCCGAAAGAACGUACCGGCGUCUAAAUGAUGCUUUUGUGACUAUGAUUCUUGUGUAUUACUUGUAGACAGAAUUACAACAGCAUUUUGAGGAAGCAUCGAGGAAACGCUUCUCUCAUCACUGACCCGUAAUGUCGUCUGCUGACAGUAUAUUGGAUGUCUUAAAAAAAAACAACCGCAAAGGUUGGCAGAGAUCUCUUUGUUGUAACGAAAGAUACUGAGUGGGCAGCCAACCAUUGAACCGCAACGGAGGCAAAGCUACAUGUUGAUAUUGUUUACAUGUUGAUAUUGUUUACAUGUUGAUAUUGUUUACGCGUUUCGUUGUGUAAAGACAUUUUGUUGAUGUGAUGAUUCAUUUAAUCCACCGUACUUUAUAUAAGUCGACCAUCAUUUUAUUUGUUUCACUUUCAACUUACUUGUGACUAUUUCACUUUACUUGUGACUAGUUCAUUUUAUGUGUGACUAUAUCGCCUUAUUUCACUGGACAGUCCUCCUCAUUUGUCUUCCUUUAUUUUGAUUGGCCCAACUCACUUGUGACUAGUUCACUUUACUUGUGACUAGUUCACUUUACUUGUGACUAGUUCAUUUCAUGUGUGACUAGCUCACCUUAUUUCAUUGACCAAUCCUCCUCAAUUGUCUUCCUUUAUUUCAAGUUGUGACAGGCCAAUCUUACUUGCGACUAGUUCAAGGUACUUGUGACUAGUUCAAAAUACUUGUGACAAGUUCAUCUUAUUUGUGACUAAUUCAACGUACUUGUGACUAGUUCACCUUACUUGUAGCAAGACCAUCUACUUGUGACUAUAGUUCACCUGCCUUUUGACAAGCUCAUCUUAUUUAUGACAAAUCCACUUUACUUCACUGAUUAGUUCACAUGACCUGUGACUAGUCCAGAUGACUUGUGAUGAAUUCACCUUAUGUAUGACUAGCCCACUUAACUGUAGUACUUAUGACAAGGUCAACCUUGUGACGAGUUCGUCAUUCUUAUGACAAGUCAAAUUUCGUUGUUACUAGUUCAACUGAUUUGUAAUAAGUCCAUCUAACAUCGCUGGCGAGUUCACCGAAUUGUGACCAUUAAUUGAACCUUACUUGUGGUUAGUUGACCUUUCUUGUAACAAAUCCACCUUACUUGUGGUAAGUUGACCUUUCUUGUAACAAAUCCACCUUACUUGUGGUUAGUUGACCUUUCUUGUAACAAAUCCACCAUACUUGUGGUUAGUUGACCUUUAUUGUAACAGUCCACCUUACUUGUGGUAAGUUGACCUUUCUUGUAACAAAUCCACCUUACUUGUGGUUAGUUGACCUUUAUUGUAACAAGUCCACCUUACUUGUGGUUAUUUGACCUUUAUUGUAACAAAUCCACCUUACUUGUGGUUAGUUGACCUUUCUUGUAACAAAUCCCCCUUACUUGUGGUUAGUUAGCCUUUAUUGUAACAAGUCCGCCUUACUUGUGGUUAUUUUACCUUUAUUGUAACAAGUCCACCUUACUUGUGGUUAGUUGACCUUUCUUGUAACAAGUUCACCUAACUUGUGGUUAGUUGACCUUUAUUGUAACAAGUCAACCUUACUUGUGGUUAGUUGACCUUUCUUGUAACUAAUCCAAAUUGCUGGUGAUUAGUUUACCUUGUUUGUAACUAGUCCACUUCACUGUUUUGUUUUCGUACUUUUGACGUGUAGGAACAUGUAUCAGACUCAUGAUUAGUUCGAAUAUUAUUACAGUAAAGUGUUUCGUAACGUGUUUGUACAAUUGUAAUUGUUAAAGAUGGAUUCACGUUGUUAUUCGUAUUUCUUAGCAUUAUUGAUAAGCGUUUCUUGCUGUAAUGCAUCAAAACGGACACUUAGAUCAUACGGACGGUAUAAUAUCAUAGUGCAAUCUUGUUGCAUUUCGGUAGCUUUAAGAUAUUCGAUUUCGACGGAGUACAAGAUAAUCAGUUGUUUUGUGAGAUAGAUAACGGGUCUAAUUUCAAAUCAAAGGGUUCUCAGUUGUUGUUUUUUUACCUUGCCUCGACAUGUACAGUCGAAAUUCACAUUUUCAACCAUACCGUUUAAUUCUUCCAUUAAGCAAUUGAGCCAUAUAAACAGCAUGAAGUGUGAUAGAGGUUCUGUUCAAUGCAGACAUGUAUUAUGGGCCAAAGGAAAUCACAUUAUUUUUAGAGUUUCGGCUAGAGACGCCAUUGUUGUUGCUAGGGUGGACCCGAAUGUGAAAUACGACAGUAGUUUAAUUUAAACACUUAAUUUAUAACAGUUCGUUCAUGUGACUUAUCCAAGCACGCUAAAAAUGCAAUCCGCAUACAUCAACCUACUCAAAUAAACAUUUCUUCGACAA